AUGGAGUCUGAGGAAUCGCUUUUGAGACCUUGCAAGUCGUUACCGCCUCUCUUCAAGGACCAUGAUGCUCUGCAAAACCGAAUAAGCCCAUAUCUAGGUAGCGUCUCCUCUACACAGGGCGAGAUGGGUCAAGGGGUCAGUAGUCCCCCAAUGGAGAACGAGGGAAGCUAUGUGACGCAAGAAGAUGAUGUGAUAACGCAAGAAGACAAGGUUUUCAGGUCUCAUAAGGGCAAAGAAACAGAGUCGGCGGCGAAUGUCAGGAGGGAAGGUCCUCUAAACCUUCUCGACUUGCCCUUAGACAUACUGAAGGAUAUCUUGAAGGAGCACCUCAAGGUGACACACACGAGCGAUUUGUGUAGUCUUGCCGCCUCGAACUCUGCCCUACAUUCUGUCGCUAUCCCUCUCAUCUAUAGCAGAUUCGAUAUAGUAUGGCCAGAGACCCACAAUUCUAUCGAGCCCCGUAUAGGCGUCGAUGCAUUGACGUACGGCCUCGCCACGCUUGUGAUGAGAGAAGACUUGUUCGAACAUGACAUGCUUUCCAAUAGUCCUACUUGUGGAGCAUCCUGCCAGAGAUACACAUGCACACAGUGCGGCGCUGUGAACCUCUUGAACCAAACGUCAAACAUUCCCGUCAAGCACCGAAGAUUACGACGAGGCAACUACUUUUCCCAAUUCACUAAGAAAUUCUCUCUUGGGAAUGGCCCCGCCGAUUGGGUCGCGGACUAUCUUGUGACAAAAGAAAGUGGGAAAUUGCUAGGAACGCUGGUCGCAUUGAGCGUUGCUCGAAUGCCAAACUUGGUGUGGGAUACGCCUACCGGAAUUUUGAGAGAUAUAUGGAUAGCUCUGUCAUCUCUAGGCGACUAUCAGUCACCUAAAUUAGAGAAGCUUUGGGUGCGCAUGCACGACAACAGAGCGGCUCUGUCAGAAGCUGAAGUCACUCAAACGAAUACUGCUUCACAACCUGCUCAAGACGCACCUAGCCAGGCACCUGCGUUAGCACCCGCACAGGGAACGCCAUAUCAAAAUUUCGAUUUGGGAGGUGUCCCAAGGUUGGUGUUAGCAAAAAAUCAUAGGGAGGAGCCUAAUUUCUCCAUCAUGCCUCCCCUACGUUCGCUAACGGUCCUUGAUAUUGACGAGAUAGCGUAUAUAGAGGAAUUGAGCGUACUUCUGCGGCGUUCAUUGGGCAAAUUGCGGGAAUUGCGCAUCGGCUUUGGUCCAAUUCUCUACAGUUCAUACAACGAUCGCGAACAACCACCCUUGAGAUAUGUAGCUACAGGUGGUCCACUACCAUUACUGAUGAGCAAGAUAUACGACUACUUAGGAGAUCUCGACAGGAUGACACUGCGGCCCGAAUAUGAUACUGAAAGCGGACAGUUGAUAAAAUGUCCAGAUGAUGCAACGAACGAAGACACAAAAUCUCCACCUCCGACGUCCAUUGCCUUCAUUUUAGGUCCACCCAUGAAUGGAGCAGAAGUUACGUCUAAUGACAUGAAUCAUGAACCAAUUUCUGGUCGGCCAGAGUCCAAAGUACCUAGGAUGAACUUGGAUGCUAUUGACCCGGCGUUAUUAGAGGGAGCUGCAUCCCAUGAAGGCCGAGAGAUGCCAGGACCACAAUCAGUACCAGAGAGGAGCCCGGUCGGGAUGUCACAAGAUCCGGUGGAGCGGCUUGAGGUGACAGAAAAGUCAACAAGCGAUCAAAGGUCGCUCAUUCAAGGAGGACUGCAGGAAACCGCUACAGCGGGCUCCACGACUUCCCACAAUGGUCUGAAGCCUAUACAGAGACUGCAACUCGAGACCCUUGAAAUCGAAAAAGUUACUCUGCAUGUGAUCACAUUGUAUGAAACGCUAGACUGGACAAUACUUACGAGUUUGACUUUACUGAAUUGUGGAGGCACCGAGAAUUUGUGGUCUUGCCUCCAGGAAAAAUUCCCGCCUCGAAAGACAUUGGUCGUUUCAAUACCCAUGCAAUCCACCAAAAAGCGUGGAAGCCAACCUCGUCUCCGCCGCAUGCCUUCUUCGGAAGCCUUAUCAAAGACAUCGGAGUACCCUCUCAGUCUAAAAAGAAUCCAUACCGACCACGUCACAUCCACCCUCAUUUCGUUCCUCAAGCACGCACUCGCUCCGGAUAGCCUCGAAUGGCUGUUCCUCCAGGACACUAGCAUGCAUGGAUCGUUAGUACCCCUCGACGCCAUUUAUCGCGGCGCUCUACGCCGCCACCGCUCUAGCCUCACGAAGGUCAUGAUUGACAGCGCCAUUGUUUCUCAAGGAAGCCGUAUGCGCGGCGUAACCGCUAAAAAGUGGAUGCUCACCCGUGAAGUACUCACAUUCAUAACUAGUGGAAGGAUGAGUCGACUCAGGGAGCUUGCGAUGACUAUCCAGUACAAAGACUGGCACUUCUUCCUGCAGAGACUACCUCAGAUACCUCACCUCCGCUCGCUGUACGUACCCUAUAUCGCCGACCAUCCCUACGGAGGUUCGUUGAACGUGAAGGAUUUCGCCUUGAGCGCCAUAGAUGUUGUUGCUUUGAGGCCAGAGGUGGAGCUUUGCUAUUUGGGCAUAAAAGACAAGUGCUUCGAGAUUCUGGAGACGAAAGAUAGGAAGUCAAAGGACGGAGCUGGCUCCGCCUCAUCGACUGCAGGAGGCGGUGAAUCUGACAAUGAUGAGGAUGCCGAGGUUCACCAUGACCAUGACGAUGACGACGAUGAUGACAGCGAGGACGAAGACCCAGCGCCCGUGACUCCGGCAACACAGACGCAGGCACAGGGUACGGACUCGGACAUCGAUCCCGUCACCGAUGACGACGAGCGGGACCCUGCCGGCAGUGGGGCUAAUGUCAAGCUGAAGCUGAGGGAGAUCUUGUUCUAUGACGACCGGAUAUCGAUCUUCAAGGCAAGACACAGACGGCUUUAG